AUGGCGAAGGCGGCGGCCGGGCCCUGUGCUGCUGAGGCGCCGAGCUCGCUGCUGCUGGUGGUGGGCGGCGAGUGCAGCUGCCCGGGUCUGCUGAACUAUGUGCUGGAGGAGCUCGAACGAGGUCUCAAGUCCUGGGACAUUGACCCUGGCAUCUGCAGCCUGGAUGAGCAGCUCAAGAUCUUUGUGUCCCGGCACUCGGCCACCUUUUCCAGCAUUGUGAAAGGCCAGCGGAGCCUGCACCACCGAGGAGACACCCUGGACAUCCUGGUCCUCCUGAACCCAUCAGAUAAGUCCCUAUGUGAUGAGCUCCGGAACCUUCUCCUAGACCCUGCCCCUCACAAGCUUCUGGUGCUGGCUGGGCCCUGCCUGGAGGAGACAGGGGAGCUGCUGCUCCAGACUGGGGGCUUCUCACCCCGCCACUUCCUCCAGGUUCUGGGGGACAAAGAGAUCCAGGAUCUCCUGGCUUCUGCACCCCCAUCUGCAGACCCACCCAAGUUCACCAUCACCUGCCCAACCUUCGGUGACUGGGCCAAACUGGCACCAGAAGUGUCUGGCCUCCAGGGUGCGCUCCGACUGCGGCUAAACCCACCAUUGCAGCGGCCAGCCUCUGAGGGCCUACGUGAGUUCCUGGAGUAUGUGGCUGAGUCGCUGGAGCUGCCAUCCCCCUUUGAGCUGCUUGAGCCACCGUCAUCUGUGGGUUUCCUCAGGCUUGCCCGGCCUUGCUGCUACAUCUUCCCUGGUGGCCUUGGGGAUGCCGCCUUCUUUGCUGUCAAUGGCUUCACCAUGCUGGUCAACGGUGGCUCAAACCCCAAGUCGAGCUUCUGGAAGCUGGUACGGCACCUGGACCGGGUGGAUGCUGUGCUGGUGACUCAUGAGGGCGCUGAUAGCCUCCCAGGCCUCAACAGUCUGCUGCGACGCAAGCUGGCAGAGCGUGAGGAGGCAGCGGCCGGUGGGGGCUCGGGGGAUGACAGGCUGCGCAGGCUCGUCUCACCAGGCCUGGGUGUUGUGUUCCUCAAUGCCCGCGGGGCCAUGUCUCGUCUAGUGCGAGGUGAGGAUGAGGCGGAGCUAGCCCGGAGCCUUCUGGCUCGGCUGGGCAUAGAGCCUCUGCCCCUGCGCCGUGGGCUGAUGCCGGCUGAGCCCACUGUACUCUUCCAGAAAAUGGGUGUUGGCCGGCUGGACAUGUACGUGCUGCACCCACCCUCAGCUGGCGCUGAGCACAAACUGGCCUCCGUAUGUGCCCUGCUGGUGUGGCAUCCCACAGGCCCCACUGAGAAGGUGGUGCGUGUACUUUUCCCUGGCUGCACACCACCUGCUCGCCUCCUGGAUGGUCUACUCCGCCUGCAGCAUUUGGGGUUCUUGCGGGAGCCCGUGGUGACCCCCCAAGACCUGACAGGGCCUCGGCGUACUGAGAGCAAGGAAAGUGUGGGCUCCCGGGACAGCUUGAGGAGAGAGGGCCGGACUACGGUGCCUGCCAGGCUUGCCCAGGAGCGCUCAGGCAUGGCCCGGAAGGAGCCACCACGGGCUGAGGCUCCUCGCAGGGCUGAAAAGGAAGCUAGGCACCUCCGAGAGGUGAAGAAGGACCCCAAGCCAAGUGCCCCUCGGACCCAGCCCAGGGAGUUGUACCGGGCAUCCUCUGCUGUGGUCAACAGCAAGAAGACAAGUGCCCAGGCAGCCCCCAAGCCCCGAAAAGCACCCAACAAUCACCGCCCAAGUGUCCCAUUGGCAGGGAAUGGGCCCCGCAGCCCCCCCAGCUUCCGGUGUGGAGAGGCCAGUCCCUCCACAGAGGCCUGCAGCUCUCCUAUCCCCCAGCUGGUGGCCACCCCCAGCCAAGGGAGCAGCCUGGAGCUGGGGCUAAGCCCCCCAGGGGAGGACAGUGGCAGCCUAAAGACUCAAGAGCAACUGGUAGCCAGUGGCACCCUCCUACCGCGCACCCCCUCGCCAGCUGGAGCUCACCAGGGCCCAACUGAGGGCAGUAGGCAGCUGUCACUGAGCCCACUGAGGGGCGGGGAGACAGGGCCAGAUGUCUCCCCAACGGUGACCACACCUUCCCUGCCUGCUGAGGUGGGCUCCCCACAUUCCACAGAGGUGGACGAGUCCCUGUCUGUCUCCUUUGAGCAAGUGCUGCCACCACCUCCUGUUCCCAUGGGUGAGGCAGGGCUGAGCCUUCCACUUCGAGGCCCCCGGGUGCGGCGCUCGGCCUCCCCACAUGAUGUGGACCUGUGCCUAGUGUCACCCUGUGAGUUUGAGCACCGCAAAGCCAUGCCUAUGGCACCAGCCCCCACAUCCCCCGGCAGCUCCAAUGACAGCAGUGCUCGGUCCCAGGAGCGAGCGGGUGCUCUAGGGACUGAGGAAACACCACCCACGUCUGUCAGUGAGUCCCUGCCUACACUGUCUGACUCGGACCCCCUGCCUGCUGCCCCUGGCACUGCAGAAUCAGAUGAGGACAUGGAGGGUUUUGGGGUCCCUCAUCACAACCCGCUGCCCGACCCCCUCAAGGUCCCCCCGCCACUGCCCACUCCCCCUAGGAUCUGCAUGGUGGACCCUGAGCUGCUGCCCCCGGAGCAGGCCCGGCUGACAGAGAGCCUCAGUCGUACCCGGAAGUCCCUGGCUCGCCCCACACCUAGCACUGCCACCCCCAAACCCACUCCGGCUAACACUGCCAAGACCAAGGGGCUGCCUGGUAGGGAACGGGGCAGUCGGCCACUGAGUAUCCAGAGUGAACCCAGUGACAAGGGAGGUCGAGCACCCCUGUCCAGAAAGUCCUCAGUCCCCAAGACGACUACUCGGGGCCCAUCCGGGUCAGCCAGCAGCCAGCCAGGUGGGUUGGAGGCUUCAUCUGGCUCCCCUGUCUACCUUGAUCUGGCCUACCUGCCCAGUGGGGGCAGCAUCUGCUCGGUAGAUGAGGAAUUCUUUCGGCGGGUGCGUGCACUCUGCUAUGUCAUCAGCGGCCAGGACCAACACAAGGAAGAGGGUAUGCGGGCUGUCCUGGAUGCACUGCUGGCUGGCAAGCAGCGGUGGGACCGUGACCUCCAGGUGACCCUGAUCCCUACUUUCGACUCAAUGGCCAUGCAUGAGUGGUAUGAGGAGACGCAUGCCCAGCACCAGGCGCUGGGUAUCACUGUGCUGGGCAGUAACAGCACAGUGUCCAUGCAGGAUGAGGCCUUCCCUGCUUGCAAGGUGGAGUUCUAGUCCUGCCUCACCCCCACCACCCCUCAGCCCAAAUCUGCCACCAUCCUGAGAGUCACUGCAUCACAAAUAAACCAAGUGCCCCACUCCACUGUGGCCUCAGUUCCUUCUGCUGAUGGGAGACUUGGUGGCCAUCACCACCAUGUGGGCCCCCAGGACAGGCAUAAGAAGAGGGCAUGCCUCUCCAGUAACGGUUGCUGACAAUGGCACUUAAAUUAACCACAGCCCUCCCUGGUCACUGGUGAGGGUCCCGUUUCUUUUGUUGAUGUUUCUUUUGUUCUUUUGUUGUUGUUUUUAAUCCUCACCAGGAAUAUUUUUUUUCCAUUGGUUUUUAGAGA